AUGGCUUCAUCGUUCAUCGGUUGUAAUCGUUUAUGCAUCAUAGGUAGUUCCAUUUUAGUGUUGAGUAUAGCAUUAACAUGGCGAUAUGUUACUGAACCACCACGUGCAUGCAAUUUAAUUACAGUUUCACACCGUGAUUUUAAUCAUUAUUAUGGUCUUGUCAAUAUUGAUAAUCCUUUAUCACAUUCCAGUGCAGAACAAAGUGAAAGUAUUAAUAGUAAGUGUCGUCUGUUUUACGAUUCUAUGCAUGUUUUUCCAUCUGGCGAUCUUCCAUUAUCAAAAUCAAUGAUUGUUCCAGCUUUUCCAGGCGCUGGAAAAACUCAAAUGAGACAAUGUAUUAUUGUUAAACUUCCUCCAAAUAAUCAAAUUGUAAUUAAGAUAUAUGGAGCAGAUAUUAAUAACUAUUUACAAAAUUUUGUUCAAAGUCUUGAUUUUAUUUUUGAACCUUUCUAUGAGAAAAUUCGCAAAUAUUGGACCAAAGAAAAUUUUUUACAAGUUAUCCUAACCGAAAUAGCUACACGUUUUGUCAAUGAGAAAUACUUAUAA